AUGGAAGGAAUGCAAUAUCUGGCGAAUGCAAUAGAAAAUAACACUACACUUACAACGUUAAAUCUUGAAGGAAGUUGCAUUCAUGCUGAAGGAACACAAUAUUUAGCUCAAGCUUUGCAAAAUAAUACAAGUUUGACCGUAUUGAACCUUAAAUCGAACUUAAUUUCCACUGAAGGUGCACAACAUCUAGCUAAAGCAUUAAAAACCAAUAAAAGUCUUAUAACACUUGAUCUUGCAAGAAAUAAUAUUAACGAACAAGGAGUAAGAUGUCUAGCUAGUGCACUAGAAAAGAAUACAACACUCAUGACAUUAGAUUUUGGCUACAAUAGUAUUGAUGACAAAGGAAUACAACAUUUAGCUAAUGCAUUAAAAAAUAAUAUUACACUCACUACAUUGAGUCUCUAUCAUAAUAGAAUCAGCUUACAAGGAGCUCUAUAUCUAGCUAAUGCAUUACAAAAUAAUAAAACACUUACAUCGCUUGAUCUUGGAUAUAAUCAAAUUGGUAUUCAAAACGUACGAUCUCUGACUUAUGAAUUACGACGUCAUAAAGUAAAUCUAGUUCUUUAUCAUUCAUUACAUAUCUAA